ACGGUGCUGCUGUUAACACAAGCGGCUGCUCUCUGCGCAGACUUGUGGCUUAGGAUUCCUGCGGUGGUCACAAACCCUAGAUUCUUGGUUGCAAACGGGCUCCGAGGCAGCAGUUUUACGUCCUCUCCCCUCCUCACUCUUCACUUCUCUCUUACUCUCUCACUCGUGCUUUUGACUAUAAAUAUAUUUUUUAGAUAUUUUUUUUUUUCUCCUCGAUUUGGUCUCCUCCAAGGUGGGUUGAAACCGUACGCAGCACUGUGCUGGUGUCCCCGCCAUGGCGUCGAACAGCAUCUUUGACUCUUUCUCCAACUACAGCAGCAGUCUACUCAGAGAGCCGCCCACCACCAGACGGUUCACGCCGCCCUCCACGUCCUUCCCGUGUAAGCUCGGAGACGCCAACGGGGCCAUGGCCACCCCGGGGCCCCUGAGGGCAAGAUCCGACACCAGGAACGUGGUGGACGUCCUGGCAGACCACGCCGGCGAGCUGGUCAGGACCGACAGCCCCAACUUCCUCUGCUCCGUCCUCCCGUCUCACUGGAGGUGCAACAAGACGCUCCCCGUGGCGUUCAAGGUCGUGGCUCUCGGGGACGUUCCGGACGGGACUCUGGUCACCGUGAUGGCCGGGAACGACGAGAACUACUCGGCCGAGCUGAGGAACGCCUCUGCCGUGAUGAAGAACCAAGUGGCCCGCUUUAACGACCUGCGUUUCGUGGGCAGGAGCGGACGAGGGAAAAGCUUCACGCUGACCAUCACCGUGUUCACCGGACCGCCGCAAGUGGCCACCUACCACCGCGCCAUCAAAGUCACCGUGGACGGACCCCGAGAACCGCGCAGGCACAGAGUGAAGAUAGAAGACCCCCAGAAGAUGCAGUUCUCGGACAGGCUGUCAGAGAUCGAGCGCUACCAGCGGUCUAUGCGGAUAGGCCCGGUGAACAAUAACCCCCGCCCCAUCCACCAAACCCACCUAAGCACCACACAAGCCCUGUGGCAGGAGCAAAUGGACACCCCCGCUCUGAAGACAUGCAAGGUGGAGGAGGACCUGAGACCAUGGCCAGGGACUACGGACCUCUUCAACCAGAGGACCAGCUUCCCGUCUCUGUCGCCGCUGACUGACCCCCGCUUCUCAGACCCCCGCAUGCACUACCCGGGGGCCUUCCCCUACUCCACCAACACCUCCAGCACCGGCAUCAGCGGCCUCAGCAUGUCGGCCUCUUCUCGAUACCACACCUACCUGCCUCCACCCUACUCAAACAACCAAAGCCAGAACUUCCAAUCCAACUCCUACCUGUACUACGGCACAGGCUCCGGGUCCUACCAGUUCUCCAUGGUGGCGCCGGGGAACACCGGGGGCGAGCGCUCCCCCACCCGUCUGCUGUCCUGCUCGGGGGCCACGGGCCCCGGAGGGAGCAACAGCCUGAUGAACCCGGGCCUGAACAACCAGAGCGAGGGCGUGGAGGCCGACGGCAGCCACAGCAACUCGCCGACCGCCAUGAGCGCCUCGGGCCGCUUGGACGAGUCCGUGUGGAGGCCUUACUGACUGACCGAGGGCUAGAUUAUCACAGGGUGCAGGACAGGUGAGGGAGGAAAGAGUAAAAGAGAACAAGAACACAUGAAACACUGAAAGCCCCCCCCCCCCCCCCCCACCAAAAAAAAGAAGCAAAGAAAUAUAUAGAGAGAGAGAGAUGCUGCAUGUUUGUCUUUUUUUUCUCAAGACCUUUUCUGUUUUACCGACUCUCUCAAGACUUCCGUGUAUUUUGUACAUUUUGAGGAAACUGCUGCACUGUGCGAAAACAUGUACUCUUAAAAAAAGAAAAACAAAGGACUGUUGAGGAGAUGUUCAGCUGAAACUGUAAAUAGCUGCCGGGGUCACGUCAAAGAAGCCAUAGUAACAUUUCAGGAUGAUUUGCAGGUAACAGACAGAACAAAGCGAUGGCGGACUGAUCGAUUGGUCACGGCGGAUGAACUUGGACGAUGAUCAAACUGACCGCUCGGACUGAUCCUAGUCACCUGGUCAGAGACGCUGCCCCACCCACCAUGACUCUGACAUCAUACGAGAAGCAUGGCUGCACUGCUGUAGCAACCCGGGCCCCUUUUGAAGGUGAACGUCAGAUGUGAAAACAUCUGAUCGGUUGCAUCCAGGACGACUCGCCUUCAUUUCCUAACUUAUUAACCAAAACGGACACAUUUGCCUUUGGUGCUGCGUCGCGCAGUGGAUGUUUUCGACACAAUAGGCGCAUGAAAAGAGCAUUUUGAUUGGUCGGGACUCAAGUGUAAGUAAUGAAUCUUCCUCUGCAUCGAGUUCCAACAGGCUGAUAUGUCGAGGGAUGUAAAAGACACAAAGGGGUAUAAAUUGGUUCCUUUUUUUCUGCAGGAAUAUUUCAAUCCUGAUGUGUCUAUUCUUUUACUUUUCCCCUUUACAUUUCAUAUCCAAGCCCUGUUUCUGAAAAAAAAAGUUUGUCUAGUAUUUUUUGACUGGAUGACACGGUUUACUUUUGAUAUUUAUUUGAGCCAAAUUGUGAGGAAAUGUGCGUAUAUAAACCCCAAAUCCUCAAGCAUUUCUCUCUACCUUUCCUUUUUUAUAUAUACAGUACAUAUGCCUUAUUUUGUUGUUAAGUAUAAAUUUGGAAUUUGUGUAAUAUAUUGCUACUAAAUUAUAAAAAAAAAAACUUUUAAUGUAAUUAUUUUGUCUUCCAAUGUAGCUUUGAUGCACUAAAAACUUUUAUUCCUUAUGAACCACGCCCAACGGAUCGUCUGUUAGUGAGAUGGUGUAUCUAGAGCCGUAAUCCUUUUAAACAAUUUCCUAAUUGCCUUCCUGCGCUAAAUAAGCCAUUCGCUUAAUUUUUGCACUAUGUUUGAAUUUGAUUCUCUUUUUUUAUUAUGUAUUUACAAAUAUCUGAAACUCUGCCUAAGUAAAAUAUUCCUUCACUUGAUCUGCUGAACACACACUUUAAGUGUCCUUUAAACAAACCCCUUUGCCAAUUAAUUAACAGUGUCGCAAGUAGACACACAAACACACACACACACACACACACAUUCCUGCAGUACAGGUGUGUGUGAACAUUCCCCCUGUCCAGAGGGCCUUUCCCCUGCAGUUGUGCACAUGUGAUCCUUCAAUGCCUGGAGGAGGAUGAGUGUGAGGAUGAAGGGACAGGAGGAGGAGGAGGAGGAGGAGGAGGAGGUGGGGUCGGAGUAUCUUCUUACCGGCACCAAGGGCAGUUAUGCAAAAAGAAGAAACAUGCCUUGUUGUGCACAGUUGCCUUUGUUCUGUGAAGUCAGGGAGCGCUUUGAAGCCUUUAUGGCCCUGAUUCUCUCUUUUUUCUGGUCUAAUUUACUGAUCAACAGUGCCAGGGGCUCAUGGCUCUGCCAAUAAUUCACCCGCCUGCACAGAACUCCUGGGUAUGAGCUGCGUGAAGGCCUUUGCAGCAGCUAUCGGGUGUCUGAUAUCUACUAGAAAACACUUCUAAAAAAGGGGGGGGGGGGCCAU